AUGGAGGAGGACACCGAAGACGUCCUUGUCGUCGCAGAAAGCCCCAAUCGAAGCAAGAAAAGAAAGGCAAACAGUCCCUUGAGCCAAGUCAUUACACCGAAGAGAGUGAAGCAUCAGCAGUCCGUCUACGACGUCGAAAGCUCCGAUGACGACGUCGUUGUGCGCCGCCGAAGGCCCCAUGCGAAGUCAGCGAUUCUUCCACGGCGGCCAGCUACUACGCCCAUUACACCUCCUCAAAGCGGCGGAUACACAUCUACGAUCUUAAUUGACUCGGACAGCAACGAUCAGGAACCUCUCUUGGUGAGAAGACAUCGUGAUCGUUGUGUGAUCUUGAUCGACUCGGAUAGCGACGAUCAAGAACCGCUUUCGAUGGGAAGACGUCGAGUUCGUCGUCUUUUUGAACGCAAGGAAUCGCCCAAGCCUUUGCUAGAACGUCCGUCGCCACUCGAUCUCUCGCCCAUCCGUACCGUGGCGACUAUCGAGCCAGUCAAAGCGCCUAAGGAGAAACACAACUGUGUUGCGGCUCUCGAGGAGCUUUUUGACUCCGUCGAUAAAUCCCGUGGUCAGUUCACUAGCGAGGAGCGGGAGCUGGCAGAUAGACAACUCAGACAGAUGGGGAAGCGGAUGAGGAGAAUGAGCAAGAUGGCGAAGAGAAUGGAUAGAAGUCCCUAG